AUGCUCCUCCUCUCAGCAGCAAACAUCACCUUUCUCCUCCUAUCCGCCAUCUCCCCCUACGCCGCCGACUGUCUCGUCACCGCCACUGCCCAAACCCUCCACCUCUUACUCGUCCAGGCUCAGCAGUCCCACCUCAUCAUGCACUGGACCCUGGGUCUCGGUCUGGCGCUGGCUAUUGCCCGGGCCUCGGCUUUGGAUGAGGUCCCGGCUGGAUCUCUAGCUGGGAUGGGGGGUGGGCAUGGGGGGGAGACGUUGUAUACCGUGCUGCGGGUUACGACCGCGUCGUCGAAUGAUGAGAUAAGACGGGCGUAUGAGGAGGUUGUGGAGGGGGUGAUGGCGGAGAAGAACCAGUCUUUUGUCUCCCGACUGCUGUGGAAACAGUGGAAUCCCUUUGCAAACCCUAACCCUCACCCUCCUCGCCUUUCCGUAAAUACCCCUGAUUUUACCCCUGAAAGCAGCACAACCACCAGCACAACCCACGACAAGCGCAAGACAGACACCGACACAGACCCCCGCAUCAAAAUAUACAAAACAGCCUACAAAACUCUCACACACCCCUACACCCGAUGUGUCUACCACCGUGAGGCCAACCUGCCCGAGUGGACGGGCCGGGUACCGCAGUCGUGUUGGAAGCAGAGGAUUGCGGGCCCGAACUCCGAUACCAAAGCCAACACCGAUGCUGAUACCGAUACCCAAAACCACUGGCUCCUCGACCUGUUGCAACUCCUCCUGGAAGUCCUUCUCGCCGUCUGUCUGGCAGAGUAUAUAUCCACACACAUCGAGUCUGCACUAGACGCUGUGCGAGACAGAGGGCAGGUGUAUCUUGAUCGGCUGAAGGUCGCGUGGCAAGACUGGGAGUGGGAGGGCUUUGGGAGGGUUGUCGCGGUUGUUAAGGCUGUUGAGGCGGGGGUGUAUCCUGUUGUUGUGUCGGCGGGGGAGAUUGUGAGAGGAUGA